CCUGUCAGUGCGCUGUCCGUGUGUGUUUAUCGAAUCUUCGAUAAGAAUUCUUUCCCUUCGGCAGCGUGUCACAGAAGACAGGUAACCCCUGCAGAGAGCGACGUCACAGUCUAGACACGUUGAACUCGCCCCUAAAAGUGUACCUCGAGAAUCGCUCAAGAAGCACCACGGAUUACCAGGUAGAGGUACCUUUCAUCUCUACACGGGCAUUGCUAUACGUCGAAAACAUCGGAUUAUCUGAGAACAGCUACGGUCUGGCCACCGUUGCCCCGAAACCCUUGGAACAUCAAGGUCCACGUAUAAUUAGCUAGAGUGGCCUCUCUCAAGCUGCCGCUUGCGCCUGGAGGAGACAAGUUCCGGACAAGCAACAACAGCCGCUCACCAUGAAGCCCGCAUCGCGGCUUUUCUACUUGUCGCUCUUUGCGCUCUGGAGUCCCGAAGCGCAGUGUAAGAGCGAUGAAUCAUGCGCUAUAUCACCAAAAGCCAUCGUCAGUGAUGCAUGCGCCUCCUAUUCCACCCUCGAACAGCUCAACCGCGAUAUCAAGCCCGCCCUCGAGGACCUAACACGGACGACCGAUUUCUUCUCACAUUACCGCCUGAACCUCUUCAACAAGGAAUGUCCCUUCUGGAACGACGAGAACGGCAUGUGCGGGAACAUCGCCUGCGCCGUGGAGACCCUCGACAACGAAGAAGACAUACCCGAAGUAUGGCGUGCCAAAGAGCUCGGCAAGCUCGAAGGACCCCGGGCUAAGCACCCGGGAAAGUCCGUCCAGAAAGAAGAACCAAAGCGUCCGCUCCAGGGCAAGCUAGGCGAGGACGUAGGCGAGUCCUGCGUGGUGGAAUACGACGACGAAUGCGACGACCGCGACUACUGCGUACCGGACGACGAGGGCGUAUCCUCCAAGGGCGAUUACGUUUCUCUCCUGCGCAACCCUGAGCGCUUCACCGGGUAUGCCGGCGACGGCGCCAAGCAGGUCUGGGACGCCAUCUACCGCGAGAACUGCUUCCAGAAAUCCUCCUUCCCCAAGUCCGCAUCGCUGGGCGACACCUACUCAGUCCCCAAGAACCCCGCGGCCCAAGAUUUCCGCGCUGUCAUGCAAGCUGCCGGUCGGCAGCAUAUACUCGAGCAGCAGCGCGAGCAGAACCCGCUGGUCCCCUUCGUCACCAAGACCGGUCUCGAGAGCGAAGACGAGUGUCUCGAGAAGCGCGUCUUCUACAAGAUCGUCAGCGGCAUGCAUGCGUCCAUCUCGACGCACCUCUGCUGGGACUUUUUGAAUCAGACCACCGGCCAGUGGCAGCCCAACUUGUCCUGCUACAUCAACCGCCUGCACAAGUUCCCUGAACGCAUCAGCAACCUGUACUUUAACUACGCCCUGCUCACCCGCGCCGUCGCCAAACUCGGGCCUUACCUCUCUUCCCACGAGGAGUACACCUUUUGCACGGGCGACCCGGCCCAAGACGCCGACACACGCGCCAAGGUCCUCGCUGUCACCUCUAAGGCCGCUAACACCGUGCCUGGCCCUGUGUUUGACGAGUCGAUCAUGUUCAAGAACGGCGAGGGCCCUUCGCUGAAGGAAGACUUCCGCAACCGCUUCCGCAAUAUCUCGAGGCUGAUGGACUGCGUCGGCUGCGACAAGUGUCGAUUGUGGGGCAAGUUGCAGACGGCCGGGUACGGAACUGCGCUCAAGGUUCUCUUUGAAUUCGCUAACAACGACACCUCCGCGACAACUUCCAAGACUGAUGAGAUCCCGUUCAAGCUUAAGCGCACCGAGCUGGUGGCACUGUUCAAUACUUAUGCUCGGUUGAGCAGCAGUUUGGACGCUAUUCAGAAGUUUAGGGCGAUGGUUGAGGAGAGCGAGGAGGGACAACAAUCUCAAUCCCACGAACAGAUCGAAGGAUCCGAGAAUUCGGGAGCCCAUCACAUCCCUGACCGAGCCAAGAAGCCGAGACAUGUUAUCGUUUCGACGCCCGUUGCCGCUGAUGACGCUGAAGCGUCCGUCACAAAUACUGCCACAACCGCUGUAGACGAGGCCAAAGCGGCGGGGGUUACUCCUGCUCCAAAGGUUGAGCAUCAGCAACAGGUUGACAACAACAACAACAACAACAACAACGAUGAUGAUGAUGAGUUCCACGAGUUCCAGCGACAACCGCAACAGCCCGACACCGACCCCAACUUUGUCUACAAGAAGAGAACCCUCAAGGAUGACUUCGAAAACGAGUUCAGGGCGGUACUUGCGGCAUUCAAGCUGGUGAUCAAGAGCUAUUUCAAUUUGCCUGCAUUGAUCUACGAAAUUACCAUUACCGAACUUAAACGCUUCUGGCAGUUUUACGUCGGUUUGCCCGUCAUGCCACGGACUUGGGAGUUCAGGAGACCUAGUCUUGAUGAGCUUUGAUACAAGGUUUUUCUUUUCAGCUUUGAUAUCGAGCAGAGUAAUAGACUAUGGGGUAGAGAGACGGAGCCUUUUUCUUCUUUCUUGUUUAUUUUAUAAUAAAAGCCAGGCUUUAUUAUUUUCUCAUUCGUUGGAGUCACACUACUUAUCAUGACAAAUGUUGAUGGUAUCAAAAAAUGAUGAUACUGUCAUGUUAUACCACUCGCUUGGCGUUUUCCUUUGGCUGUCGGUCUCAUGGUCAAUACACACAUAGGUCCAUGUACUUCCACACCCUUGUUAAGUAAAUAUCAAUAAAUCACUUUUCGUGUGUA